AUGCAGCGAUUACUCUUUCCGCCCUUGAAGGCCUUGAUGGGGAGCCCGUGUCUCCGACUGCUGGCCCCCAGGGCGGCGCCUCGAUCGCAGUGUGGCUGCCGCUGUGGGAUCGGGACCCCCUUGAGGCCAGGGCAGUACAGCACCAUCUCUGAAGUAGCUUUACAGUCUGGAAGGGGUACGGUGUCCCUUCCUUCAAAGGCUGCUGAGCGGGUGGUAGGCCGAUGGCUCCUGGUCUGCAGUGGAACAGUGGCUGGAGCAGUUAUUCUUGGUGGAGUAACUAGAUUGACAGAGUCUGGCCUCUCAAUGGUAGACUGGCAUUUAAUAAAGGAGAUGAAGCCACCUACAAGCCACGAGGAAUGGGAAGCAGAAUUUCAAAAAUAUCAGCAAUUUCCAGAAUUUAAAAUCUUAAAUCAUGAUAUGACGCUGGCAGAAUUCAAGUUCAUCUGGUACAUGGAGUACUCUCACCGAAUGUGGGGUCGCCUGGUAGGCCUCGCAUACAUCCUGCCUGCUGCCUACUUUUGGAGAAAGGGCUGGCUCAGCCACAACAUGAAAGGACGUGUUCUUGCCCUCUGUGGUUUAGUAUGCUUCCAGGGCCUGUUGGGAUGGUAUAUGGUGAAAAGUGGAUUAGAAGAAAAACCAGAUUCUCAUGACAUCCCUCGGGUCAGUCAGUACCGCCUGGCCGCCCACCUGGGAUCAGCCCUGGUUCUUUAUUGCGCCAGCUUGUGGACUUCACUCUCACUGCUGCUUCCUCCGCACAAGUUGCCUGAAACCCGUCAGCUCCUGCGGUUGAGACGAUUUGCUCACGGAACAACAGGCCUGGUGUUCCUUACAGCUCUCUCAGGGGCUUUUGUGGCAGGACUGGAUGCUGGGCUUGUUUACAACUCCUUCCCCAAGAUGGGAGAAUCUUGGAUCCCAGAAGACCUUUUCACCUUCUCUCCCAUCCUGAGGAAUGUUUUUGAGAAUCCUACUAUGGUGCAGUUUGAUCACCGGAUUCUGGGAAUCACUUCAGUUACUGCCAUUACAGCGCUCUACUUCCUCUCCCGGAGAAUUCCCCUUCCUCGCAGGACCAAGAUGGCAGCAGCCACUCUGCUGGCGUUGGCAUAUACACAGGUGGGCUUGGGCAUUAGCACUCUGCUAAUGUACGUUCCAACUCCUUUGGCUGCUACUCACCAGUCAGGCUCCUUGGCUCUGCUCAGUGUUGCCCUUUGGCUCAUGAGUGAACUCCGAAGAGUCCCAAAAUAA